GCAAAGUGGCCCUUCCUCACCCACGACAAAUGAUUUGAAAAAGAACUACAUGGGAAUGGCUUGCCUUACAAUGACAGAAAUGGAAGAAACAUCAUUACCUAUACAUCAGAAUGGUAAUAUUCCUGGCAACGCUAAUACUGUGACACAAAUAGAUCCAGUUUUACAAGUGUAUCUUUAUCACUCGCUUGGGAAAGCUGAGGGAGAUUACUUGAAGUUUCCAACUGGGGAAUAUGUUGCUGAAGAAAUUUGUAUUGCUGCUUCUAAAGCUUGUGGAAUUACCCCUGUGUAUCACAGUAUGUUUGCUUUAAUGAAUGAAACUGAAAGGAUCUGGUAUCCACCUAAUCAUGUCUUCCAUAUAGAUGAAUCAGUGGGGCACAAUGUACUCUACAGGAUAAGAUUUUACUUCCCAUACUGGUAUUGUAAUGGCAGCAACAGAACCUAUCGACAUGGAAUAUCUCGAGGUGCUGAAGUUCCUCUUCUUGAUGAUUUUGUCAUGUCUUACCUUUUCGCUCAGUGGCGACAUGAUUUUGUGCAUGGAUGGAUCAAAGUACCCGUGACUCAUGAAACACAGGAAGAAUGUCUUGGCAUGGCAGUGUUAGAUAUGAUGAGAAUAGCCAAAGAAAAAGAUCAAACUCCACUGGAUGUCUAUAACUCUAUCAGCUACAAGACUUUUUUACCAAAAUGUGUGCGAGCAAAGAUUCAAGACUAUCAUAUUUUGACAAGGAAGCGAAUAAGGUAUAGAUUUAGAAGAUUUAUUCAGCAGUUCAGCCAGUGCAAAGCCACUGCCAGAAACUUGAAACUUAAGUAUCUUAUAAAUUUGGAAACUCUUCAGUCUGGCUUCUACACAGAACAAUUUGAAGUAAAAGAACCGGGAAGAGGUCCUUCAGGUGAGGAGAUUUUUGCAACCAUUAUAAUAACUGGAAACGGUGGAAUUCAGUGGUCAAGAGGGAAACAUAAAGAAAGUGAGACACUGAAAGAACAGGAUUUACAGUUAUAUUGUGAUUUUCCUGAUAUUAUUGAUGUCAGUAUUAAACAGGCAAGCCAAGAAAGCUCAAAUGAAAGCAGAAUUGUAACUAUCCAUAAGCAAGAUGGGAAAAAUCUGGAAAUUGAACUACUUUCACUAAGAGAAGCUUUGUCCUUUGUGUCAUUAAUUGAUGGAUAUUAUAGAUUAACUGCAGAUGCACAUCAUUAUCUUUGUAAGGAAGUUGCACCUCCAAUGGUUCUUGAGAAUAUACAAAGCAACUGUCAUGGCCCAAUUUCAAUGGAUUUUGCCAUCAGUAAACUGAAGAAAGCAGGUAAUCAGACUGGACUAUAUGUACUUCGCUGCAGUCCUAAGGAUUUUAAUAAAUAUUUUUUGACUUUCGCUGUUGAGAGAGAAAAUGUCACUGAAUACAAGCAUUGCUUGAUUACCAAAAAUGAAAAUGGAGAAUACAACCUUACUGGUACUAAAAAGAACUUCAAUAAUCUUAAAGAUCUUUUGAAUUGCUACCAGAUGGAAACUGUUCGCUCAGAUAGUAUAAUUUUCCAGUUUACUAAAUGUUGCCCUCCAAGGCCAAAAGAUAAAUCAAAUCUUCUAGUCUUCAGAACCAAUGGUGUUUCUGAUGUACCAAUCUCACCAACAUUGCAAAGACAUAAUAAUGUUAACCAAAUGGUAUUUCAUAAAAUCAGAAAUGAAGAUUUGAUAUUUAAUGAAAGUCUUGGCCAAGGCACUUUUACAAAAAUUUUUAAAGGUGUAAGAAGAGAAGUGGGAGACUAUGGUCAGCUGUAUGAAACAGAAGUUCUUUUGAAAAUUCUGGAUAAAGCACAUAGAAAUUAUUCAGAGUCUUUCUUUGAAGCAGCAAGCAUGAUGAGCCAACUUUCUCAUAAGCAUCUGGUUUUAAAUUAUGGAGUAUGUGUUUGUGGAGAGGAGAAUAUCCUUGUUCAGGAGUUUGUAAAAUUUGGAUCACUAGAUACUUAUUUGAAGAAGAAUAAAAAUUCUAUAAAUAUAUUAUGGAAACUUGAAGUGGCUAAACAGUUGGCAUGGGCCAUGCAUUUUCUAGAAGAAAAACUCCUUACUCAUGGGAAUGUGUGUGCCAAAAAUAUUCUACUUAUUAGAGAAGAAGACAGGAAGACAGGAAAUCCUCCUUUCAUCAAACUUAGUGAUCCUGGCAUUAGUAUUACAGUUUUGCCUAAGGACAUUCUUCAGGAGAGAAUACCAUGGGUACCACCUGAAUGCAUUGAAAAUCCUAAAAAUUUAAACUUGGCAACAGAUAAAUGGAGUUUUGGUACCACUUUGUGGGAAAUCUGCAGUGGAGGAGAUAAACCUCUCAGUGCUCUGGAUUCUCAAAGAAAGCUACAGUUUUAUGAAGAUAGGCACCAACUCCCUGCACCAAAAUGGACAGAACUAGCAAAUCUUAUUAAUAAUUGUAUGGACUAUGAAGCAGAUUUUAGACCUUCUUUCAGAGCCAUAAUACGAGAUCUUAAUAGUUUGUUUACACCAGAUUAUGAAUUAUUAACAGAAAAUGACAUGCUGCCAAAUAUGCGCAUAGGUGCCUUAGGGUUUUCUGGUGCUUUUGAAGACCGUGAUCCUACACAAUUUGAAGAGAGACAUUUGAAAUUUUUACAACAACUUGGCAAGGGAAAUUUUGGAAGUGUGGAAAUGUGCCGCUAUGACCCCUUACAAGACAAUACUGGUGAGGUGGUGGCUGUGAAGAAACUCCAGCACAGCACUGAAGAGCACCUCAGAGACUUUGAAAGGGAAAUCGAAAUCCUUAAAUCCCUGCAGCAUGACAACAUUGUAAAGUACAAGGGAGUAUGUUACAGUGCUGGCCGGCGUAAUCUAAGAUUAAUUAUGGAAUAUUUGCCAUAUGGAAGUUUACGAGACUAUCUCCAAAAACAUAAAGACCGUAUAGAUCAUAAAAGACUUCUGCAGUAUACAUCCCAGAUAUGCAAGGGCAUGGAGUAUCUUGGUACAAAAAGGUAUAUUCACAGGGAUCUGGCAACAAGGAAUAUAUUGGUGGAGAAUGAAACCAGAGUUAAAAUAGGAGAUUUUGGUUUAACAAAGGUCUUACCACAAGACAAAGAAUACUACAAAGUGAAAGAACCUGGUGAAAGUCCCAUAUUCUGGUAUGCUCCAGAAUCACUGACAGAGAGCAAGUUUUCUGUAGCAUCAGAUGUUUGGAGCUUUGGAGUAGUUCUAUAUGAGCUUUUUACUUAUAUUGAGAAAAGUAAAAGUCCACCAGCGGAAUUUAUGCGUAUGAUAGGUAAUGACAAGCAAGGACAGAUGAUUGUGUUUCAUUUGAUAGAACUCCUAAAGAAUAAUGGGAGAUUACCAAGGCCUGAUGGAUGCCCUGAUGAGAUUUACAUGAUCAUGACAGAAUGCUGGAACAAUAAUGUAAAUCACCGCCCCUCUUUCAGAGACCUAGCUCUUCGAGUUGAUCAAAUAAGGGACAAUAUGACUGGAUGAAAGAAAUGAACAAUUUCACUGAAGACCAAAAUGGGCCUAUCUAACAAAGUCUUGCAUUUCACAUUGCUGUGGACUGUUCUACACAUCAAUGUAUUAUGGAAAUCAUGAUGCUAAACAGCAAAUAUGUGGGGAUAUUUGUUAAAAUCCUCACAGUUUGUGAUUUUUUUUCUUCAUGAAGUUACCAGUGUAAGAUAUUAAGUCAAUUGCAAAUUUUUU